AUGUUGUCCUAUAUAGUAGCCUUUGUGGCGAGACCCGCCCGGACCGCGCGACCCCAGCUCAACGAGUCGCUCUUGGCUCUUCCGGGUCCCAACGACUCGUCCAUAGCGUGUCCGCCGGAUGCGUACGCGGUGCACAUUUACUCUCGGAACCGCUGCGAGGACCUCUUCCAGCCCUCCACCAUCACGCACAACGGCGGCUCCGCGCACCGCGACGCCGCCGUCCGCGACUCCCACGUAGCCAUGAUACCGCGGACGGACCCGGUACGGUGCGUGGAGCGGCGCGCGCGCGCAUUCCAAGGCUGGCGCGAGGAGCUCUGGAUCGAGCGGCUGCGCACGCAAAAGUACACCCCCGGCGGCCACUACAGCCACCACUACGAUUGA